CUGUAAUUGCACCCAGCACCGUGUUCCUCCUGGGCGGGCAGAGGCCACAGACUUUGCCCCUUCCUCCCGCAACCAGCACCACAACGUUGGGUCAGCGUCUUCAGUCCGAAGAGGGUGGAAACGGGCUCGGCUGCUAGGAUGAAGAUUGAAUUCGCUCCUCUCCACAUCCCGUGGGAGAGACGGCUUCAGACGGCUUCCGUGCUUCAAUGGUUCUUCUGUUUUUUUUGCAUGGCUCAGUGCUCCAUCGCCCUCUUCAUCCUCCUCCUCUUCACACGCUUCUGGCUGAUCAGCGCCCUCUAUGCUGUCUGGUGGGCGUUGGACUGGGACACCCCGAGCAAAGGUGGGCGGCGCUCCCACCGGAUGCAGAAUUCGGUCGUCUGGCGAUACAUGAAAGAUUAUUUCCCGGUCUCGCUGGUGAAGACGGCAGAUUUGGAUCCAUCCAAGAACUACGUCUUCGGCUGUCAUCCUCACGGCAUCUUCCCGGCUGGUGGCUUCAUUAAUUUCGGCACCGAAGCCACCGCCUUUUCCAAACACUUCCCAGGUCUGAAGCCUCACCUGAUGAUGUUGAGUAUGUUGUUUCGAGUCCCCUUUUUCCGGGAUUACGUGAUGAGUUUAGGUUUUAUUUCCUCGGACAAGGAAUCUGUUUCCUACGUCUUGAGAAAGAAGGAAGGUGGGAAUAUCGUAAUGAUAGUUGUGGGAGGGGCCAAGGAAACCCUACACGCCCGUCCCGGAGCUUACACCCUGGUGUUAGAGAACCGCAAGGGCUUCGUUCGGCUGGCCAUAGAGAACGGCACGCCAAUCGUCCCCGUGUUCUCUUUCGGAGAGAAUGAGCUGUAUGAUCAGGUUGAAAACCCCAAAGGACCCUGGGUGAGGUGGACACAAGACUGUUUGCAGAAGAUCAUGGGAUUCUCCCUGCCUCUCUUCUACGCCAGAGGGAUCUUCCAGUACACCUUUGGGUUUAUUCCAUACCGGAAGCCACUCUUCACCGUGGUGGGAAAACCCAUUCAGGUGGGGAAGAAGCACAAUCCCAGCCAAGACGAAGUUGAUGAGCUCCAUAAGAGAUACCUGGAGGCGCUCUGCAUGCUGUUUGAGGAGCAUAAAUUGAAGUACAACGUGCCAGAAGACACGCAUCUCUCUUUCGUAUGAGACACGAAAAACCACAAACUUUGGCACCAACGACAAAGAUCUGAAAACAUCGAAGCCGCAAGAGACAAGCGACUCUUCCAUGGAGAUAUAUUCCUUUUGGGGCCAAUGGACAAAUCGAUGGAAAAAAUAAAACCUCACAGGUUGAAACGAGGGUCUUUGGUGCUCUCUGAGCUUGGUGGUUUUCUUGCAAAUAUUUCAUUACCCAACUAGGGAACAUCGUCAGUGCUAAUAGUGGGUGGGGCUGAUGAUAUUACCUAGUUUGGCAAUGAAACGUCUGGAAGAAAACCACUAAGCUUUCAAAGCACCAAGCAACCCACAAUUUAACCCUGAGCUAUAGAUAUUCUCGUCUAUCAGUUACCAAAUUAUCCCAAUGCACACAUAACAACACUAGACCCAGCAUGAGUAACAAGGUUAUUGUAACCAGAGCUGAUAAGGAUUUGGUGUGCUGGAGAACGGGAGGGGAAGCCCGUGCUUCAAGCUAAUUGGGGAAUGUGAUUUAUGACGGCUAAUUGGAGGAGGGAAUUGUGCUUGGAUACUAUGUGCUCAGGGGAGGGGAAUUUAGGUUUUGGCUUCGAUUAUUUUAGCGCCGAUGCUAUGCUAUUCAAAAUAAAGAUUUGUUAAGGUAAACAA